GGGUGAUUGUCAGUAGCUUUCUGUCAAGGGAUUGGCUUUUUAGCUAGUAAAUAAGAGUUAUAACUUUGUACAAUUUUGUUUCACACAGAUCCCGAAGAGAGUCAUGAUAUCCCUGAAUCUGAAGCACAGGAGAGACCAGAGAUAGAAGUUUACACACCAGAGGAGUCCUUUGACCAGGAUUGGUGUGUAUGUCUAAUGGAGAUUACAGAGCUUACGUUUGUUAAAGAUGAAGAGGUCCUUCAACAGGAAUGUGUUCCCAUUGAAGAGGAGUUCACAGAGCAGGAAUGUGUCUCCAUCACAGAGGAACUUCCUGCUGAAAAUAAUGUCUGUACACUUGAGGAGAACAAGAAGCUGGGAUCCAACCUGUGUGCUGAUUCUCUAUCUGAAUGUGAACUGGGAUUUAGAGGUUCUAACAUAGAUGAAGGAGAACACGACUCCACUCCAUCACCCCAGAGCAAAAACACUUCUAGUGGCAAACCACAGCGCAAGAAACUCCGAGAGACGACACCCCGAAAAGAACAUGUGAAGACAUUGGGAUCUCGCUCAGUUAAAAUCCCUUCUUUACAAGACAGCCCCCCUCUUACUGUGGAGAGUACAGAGACGCCACAUUCUGCAUGUUUUAACAGUUCUGAAACCCAGGGCAACUUGAAGACCUUGCCUCGUUCUGUCAAAGGUGGAAAGAGUGCACGUCAAUUAGGCUCUAAUAAGACUCGCAAGGGAAAUCACACAGGAGGGGCUCCAUUGUCCUGUUCUGAAUGUGGGAAGAGAUUCCGUAGUUUAUCAAAGCUUGUAAUCCAUGAGCGCAUUCACACUGGAGGGAAACCUUAUCGCUGUUCUAAACGUGGGAAGAGAUUCAAUCAGUUAGGUGACCUUAAAAGACACCUGCACGUUCACACUGGAGGGAAACCUUAUUACUGAUUUGAGUAUGGGAAGAGUGUCGCAUGGUUGCGAUAUCUUCAUUCACACCAGCGCAGUCACACAGAAACCGUAUAACUGCUGAAUGUGGAAAAUUUUCAGUCGUUUUGCAAACCUUAAGACACCAGUGUGUAUCCCAAUCCCUGCUCGUAAUAUAUCCACUUUUCUCCCAUGUAUUGCUUAGUCUCCUAGUUUGAAUAUUAAGAUCUGUAGUGCUUUCAAAGUAGUUCUAAGCUUUGGUUAAAGCUCUGGAUCUUCAUAAAUGCUCAAUCAGAAUUGUAAAGUAAUACUUUAUGUAAAGAAUUGAUGACAGAUGUGUUUUUGUUUUCCGAGUGCUUUUCUGUUCACCUCUUUACAGAACUGUUUGUAAUGUUUUCCUCCCUGGAUACUCCUGUUCAGCCUAUUCGGGGACAGGGAUUGGUAACUAUUUCAGAUAGUUUAUUGUCAUCCAUUCUUUUAUUUAGCCAAGCUAGUUUUCUACUUCGCUUUAAUUCAAAAUAAAACACGGUACUAGAAGAAAAAAAAAGUUUAGCUGGAAAAUGAUGAUAAAUGAAAGUUUUACUGUUCUCGUUGCUUUCAUAGGACAGCAUAUGUUCAGCUACCAAAUCCUGUAAAUAGUUCAAUAAAAUCUGAGUUUGUUCAUUCAGUGUUUGUUUCCCCUCUCUUCUAUCAAGACUGUUUGACACAGAUCAGCACUUCUGAAAUGCUUUUGAUGACAUCUGAAGGUGCUGCCUUCCAAGCCUCAAUGCUUUAUACAGCCAAAACGUUCAGUGGUGCCUG